AUGGUUGUUGGCGAUUUGAGGGGCCGAGACGACUGUCAGAAAUUCGCAGAUUUGUUGCUAAAGUACUUUUUAGAGGAAAGAAACCUCUUCAUAAUAUCUUCUGACUUCUGCCACUGGGGGCCUCGAUAUUCUUACUAUUACCUGGAGGAGCCUUUGCCUGAAAUCCCGAUACACAAGAGCAUAGAAAAAAUGGACAUGAAGGCAAUUCAGUUCAUCACAGAGCACCAGAGCGAAGGGUUUUUCAACUAUUUAGAGGCCACGAGCCUUUCCGUCUGUGGGAGAAAUCCUAUAAGCCUUUUUCUGCAGGCAAGCCUUAAACCCUGCGGAGUCCUUGAACCCUAA